AUGGCGAAAGCAACAGCAGCUAAUUUCACUGAUGAGCCGUACUAUACAAGCGAACAAAUUCCAAUCCCACCUGAACUACCUGAUAUCUUACUUCAAUUCUCGAAAGCUGCUAUACGUACACAACCAACAGAUGUUCUUGCAUGGAGUGCCGCAUAUUUUCGAGCAUUAGCAAAUGGCGAAACACCACCAGUUAAAGAACGUCUCGAAAUGCCAUUAGCAACGCAAAAAAUUGAUACAGGUCUAACGAUGGGUUUGAUUAAAAUCUUACAUAAACAACUCUCGCCAAAAGGUAAACUGUCAUUACAAGAAAUUCAAAACAAAUUUGAUGAUAUCAAAAUUCCACGUGAACAAUUCGAUGAUAUUGUACAAAUCGGAGCUUUCAAUGGUGAAGUUCAAUGGGACUCAUUUCUUGCCAUAACUGUUUCGAAAAUAGCCAAAAACAUUACUGAUACUUUGAUAAAAAUCUGCGAAUUAUUAACAAGCGAUCCGCCGGGUGCUAACGCUCGUAUUCCGUUCGAUGUUUGGAAGAAAUACUAUCGAUAUUUAGCUGAACUUGACGGUGAUAUAACCGAAGAGCAUGUUAAACAAGUGAUCGACUACCUAGCAAAUGAAUGGGUCAUUCGACAAAAUGGUUUGAUUCAUCCGAGAAAUUUCAUUCAUCCUGAAUGUCCUAAACUCGAUGCAUAG